GUCUUUGUGUAGCACUGUGACCUUUCACUUUAAAGCAGCGUGCAUCGUCGGGCAUAGUUACCGCGAGCCGUUUAUUAUUAUUAGGGUAGCACUCCAAGCGCCCACUAGCAGUGUGACCUCUUCUGAAUAUUCUGUUUAAGCCAUGACAGAGUUCGCGCAGCCAGAGUAUCUCUGGCUAGUAGUGGUUGGCGCCUUUGCCGCCUUCGCGUUUGGCUGGGGAACAGGGUCAAACGAUGUUGCAAAUGCGUUCGGAACAAGUGUGGGAGCAAAGACCCUCACCCUCAAGCAAGCCGUUCUGAUUGCUGUUGUUUUUGAGUUUACGGGCGCCAUGGUCUUGGGGCGCGUCAGCACCAGCACCAUUGCCGGUGGUAUCGCUCAAAUCAGCUUCUUCACAAGAGAACCUGAGAUCUAUGCGUACGGCAUGGUAUGCGCCCUCGCGGUCGGCUUCGUCUGGCAAGCGCUCGCAUCCUACUGGGAACUCAACGUCUCCGCAACCCACAGCAUCAUCGGCGCUAUCAUUGGAUUCGCUCUCGUGUACGGCGGUGCUGACGCCGUCAACUGGGCUACCCCGGACCCCGCUAGCUUCCCGCCGUACAAGGGUGUCGUACCAAUCGUCCUGUCCUGGUUCGUGUCGCCGGUGCUGACGGCGGCUGCGUCCGCAAUUCUGUUCCUUCUGGUUCGCACGCUUGUGCUGCGGCGGGAGAACAGCUACAAGCUGUCGUUCUGGGUGCUUCCUGUGAUGGUGGUGCUUACGUCGUGGAUCAACAUCUACUUUGUUUUCACCAAGGGCGCUAAGAAGACCUUCCAGAAGGAUAACGACAACUGGUCGGACGCCAAGGCAGCCUGGGUGGCUGCAUGCUGUGCGGCGGGACUGGGCUUCCUGUGUGCGGCGGUGGUGCUGCCGGUGCUCAAGUUUCGCGCUGACAAGAAGUUUACGCAGGAUGACAACAUGCAGGUGAAGGAGGAGGAGGCCGCCAAGGCCCGGGUCAAGGCCGCCCAGUCUGAGCCCGACGUUGAGGACCCCGAGCAAGGCAACCGGGUGAUGCGGGCGCUUACCUCCAUUCGCAAGGCUGCCAUGCACGGUCUGGAGGUGGACAUUCACCAGGUGGUGGAGGAGGACCCCAUCGUUGCAGCCAUCCAUGAGAAUGCGGAGGUGUUCGACCCCAAAGCCGAGUUCGCCUUCUCCUACCUACAGGUGUUUUCCGCCAUUUGCGUUAUCUUUGCGCACGGAGCCGGUGAGGUAGGCUACAUGGCGGGUCCGCUGGCUACCAUUUGGUCCGCCGUCAAGACCGGCAGCCUGCCCAGCAAGGUCUCCGCGCCUACCUGGUGCAUCGUGGUGUCCGCUCUGGGCCUCGUGAUUGGGCUGUCUACGUACGGCUACAACGUAACUCGCGCCAUGGGAACGCGCAUGGCCAAGCUCUCGCCCACUCGAGGGUUCGCAGCCGAGCUGGCCACCGCUCUCGUGAUCAUGAUUGCUGCGCAGUACGGUCUGCCCACCUCCUCCUCCCAGUGCAUCACCGGGGGCAUCGUGGGGCUGGGCAUGUUGGAGGGCAAGAUGGGCGUCAACUGGUGGUUCCUGUUGCGCCAGUUCGCUUCCUGGGUGGCUACGUUGCUUGUGGUGGGACUGUGUACGGCGGCUCUGUUUGCUCAGGGCGUCUUCGCUCCAUGCAUCUCGGCCAACAAGGUUAUCGUGUCGUACGAGAACGGCGUGAUCGGCACCGGUCAGUCCAUUGCGAAGGACCUCAACACCACUCUCUUCAACUACCGAGCAGCCGCGUUCUCCGGCAACUUGACGCGGCUCAACUCGACUCAGUGGCAGAGCGCCAAUAAGUCGAUCGCCGCUCACGUUGCCAAGGGCAAGACCCUGCUGGACAGCUCCAAGACCGGCACCAUCGUCGUCGGCGACGCCGUUACCUACCUCCACAAGUCCCUAGCACUCCUCCAGGGCAACACACUGGUCACGCUGGGUCAAGAGCGCGUAUACGCGGGCAGCUCCGUUUGCAACGACCCCACCUUCAACGCGCAAAACCCCAGCUUCACGUCGCUCUGCCCCUCGGCCAACCCACUCAAGUCCAUGUCAGCUCCCUACAACACCACCAGCUGGCCGUGAUGGGGUGCCGUUGCAUAGGUUCCUAAAAGGGAACACGGGCCGUAAUGGUGUGCCCGCGCAUGUGCCCUGGGUCGUGAUCUGUGGCCUUAAUGAGCUGUCGUACGUGCAUGGUGGGCGGGCGGCGCAGUGCGGCUUUGGAUAGAUGAGCCAGCGACGCGCCGUGCCAUGCGUCGCUGCAUUUUUAAUUUGGCACAAAGUGCUGUGAGAUGGUGGGUUUCGGAUGCUGGUUGGUGUGUUGGCGUCGUGUUUGAGUCUCGUUUGGGGUCGUAGGUGAGUGUGCGGGGCACGCAGGGUGACAUGCUUGUGUGGUUGCGGAUUGCUGUUUAUUUUGAGGUGUUGCCCGAUCGUACCUUUGCGCAACCAUAGCACGCACGGUGAGUGACUAUGUGUGGGCUCGAGGUUACUACAUCAGGACCUGUCCUAACAGCCGGUGUGGUGAUGGUGGUGGUUGUAGGUGAGGUGGGAUUUGAUGCCUAGUAGCCAUUAGCUAAGCAUCUCGGAACUGCUGGGAAAUGUGUUUCCUCCCGACAGUGGUCGCUGCUGCAUGGUGCGAGGGGCGGGCUGCCAGCAGCAGCAGCAGCAUGUGGACGCCGCAGGACAUGAGAAACGCGAAACUCCAGCCUCUUUUUCGGUGUCAAUGUUGCCGUAAUACCGGGUGCGGAUGGCAGCAGCGAACGGAGCGCGUGAAGGUACUGCCGAGUCGCGGGAUGCGGAGUAGGUGCCGCAUGCAUGUGUGCGCGUGUGUGCAAGGAGUAGUAGCAUUGAUAGGUUUCCAAGCAUGCGUGAAUGUAUGGAGCUAUGCCAAAGCAGCUUCGUGGAGAGCUAGCAGCGGAAUGGUGAGAUCGCUGCUGCGGGUUGUGGGUGUACGGCUGGUACGCACGGAACCAUGGGUCACUGGGGUCAUUUGGGGAGACGUGUAUGUUUACUGGUUAUCUUGUCUUUCUGUUCCCAUGCAUUUCCUGUGUGUUUUAAUGAAUAGAAUGGUGCUUUCCUAGGUGUGCAAUGCCACCUGGGUCAUAUAAAGGGACAUAAGUUGACGAACAGUUGGACAACUAACCCGCAACCGCUUCCAACGAUUGCUGAAUUAUUCGACUGGAUGUUCGAUGUAACAUUCUAACACUAAAUAAGCAUACGGAAUGAAUCACUUUCCGCAAUGGCCUGAUUGUAAUAUCACUUUGUCAA